GCAACUAUACACAAACUAGUUUCAGACGUCCAAAAACAAACAGUGACACAUUAUCUUCUUAAGUUAAUCGUAUACAAGCUGAAAAGGGUCAUUUGACAAACGAAGCUUGUAUCGAUCAGACGAUUUUUAAAAGCAAGACUCAGUCAGUAGGUAUAUCGGUUCUAAAGUUCCUUUGUGGUGUUAAGAAAUUAAUAAAAUAAAUAAAUAUUUACAUUUAUAUUGAUUAUUAGUGAAAUCUUGAUUUCUGGUAUUUCCAGUGGUGAAUUUUUUUUUAAAACCUAUUGUUUGUCAAUAAAUAAGACCAAAAGACUUUGUGGAUUCACUUUGAAUGGAUUGAAACUAAACUUUCAUUCUCCAAAUUUUAUUACUUAUUGUCGUGAAGUGUUAAAUUAAAUAAUUUUUUUUUAAACAAAAAUCGUUGAAAGUUAUUAAUAUUUUUUGUUUAAAAGAAAGUGGUUAAGAACUUAAAAUACUUUAUUUGAAUAUAAAGGAAUAUUUCAAUGAAUGAUUUCAAGGGGUUGAUGAGAGCAUUUGCUUUCAUUCUUUUUCUAUCAACAUGGACUACAGCUCAAAGAGUAAAAAGCCUCAAUCAGAUGCUUGCAUGGAAAGUCCUUGAAUAUGGCUUCCAUUCAGAUAUUGAACGUAGUUAUGCUGUGGACAAUGGACUUUUGACACCAAAUACUGGAACACCAAUCGAUGUUGCAGUUCAAUAUUUGCCUGCUGGAAAUAUGAGAGUAUUCACAACAAUUCCCAGAUUUUCAAAAGGUAUUCCUUAUACCUUAGCAACAGUUUCCAGUAAAAUUGGAGACAAUGGACCAGUAAUCUAUCCAUAUCCCAACUAUGAUACCCAUAUCAACAAUAAUGCUGAAUGUAAAGGAAUCACUUCAGCUUUUCGUGUUCAUAUCGAUGAUUGUCAAAAUAUGUGGGUUAUCGACUCAGGAGUUAUUGAAGGAGUCAAUAUUUGUCCACCUCAACUACUCAAGUUUGAUCUGAAGACCGACACUCUCCUACAUCGUUACCAAUUCCCCUCAAAUCUCUACACUCCAUCGGACUCACUUCUCAUCAAUCUCGCUGUAGAUACUUAUGAUUCUCCACCAAUGGGUGAGUGUCAAAGACAAAUGAUCUACGUAGCUGACGUCACUAAGCCUGGUUUAUUGGUCUAUGACUCCAUUCGCGAUAUGGCUUGGAGAGUUGAAAAUCCACUCAUGCAACCUGACCCUAAUUUUGUAACCCAUACUGUUGCUGGGGAAAGUUUCGAUCUUGCCGACGGAAUGUUUGCCUUAAAUUUAACUCCACGCAGCAAAAAAGGUUUGCACAGUGAAAGACAUCUUUACUUCCAUGCUUUGGCCAGUGACACAGAGAAUUCUGUGCCUCUCCGUCUCCUCAACGAUCAUUCUAUUUGGAUGCAAAAUCCCAAUGCUCAUCCAGAAGCAUUUAAGACAAUCGGCAAACGUGGAGUUCAAGCAGCUCAAGAAGCAAUGGAUAGCAAGGGAAACCUUUAUUCCAACAGCGAAGACCCGUUGACAGUGUUCGCUUGGAAUAUCUAUCAUUCUCCCUAUUCUUACAAUGGCUUCAAGAUUGUAGCUAACAAUCAGGAACAAUUGCAAUUUGCAAGCGGCAUGAAAGUUGUUAAGAAUCCAUAUGGCAGAGAGGAACUUUGGAUGUUAACUUGUAGAUUCCAGAAAGUUGCAACUGGAAAGUUAGAUCCCAACGAAAUCAAUUUCAGAAUUUUAGCCUGUAAGACUGAUGAUCUUCUGAGAAAUAAGGAAUGUACUCCAUUGGAAGCACAAAUGACGCCUUAUACCGAGUCACCUUACACAAAUUUGAUUCUUUCGUAGGAGGAGCUAAGCUUUAAAGCCCUUCAUAACAAAAAAAAAAACGUCCUAAAAAAUAAGUAACUAAUGUCUUCAUAAUAAAGU